GCGCAUUUAGCAAUUGGCUCAUGAGUUUUUUCGACACAAUUUUUUGCUGCCGGAUGAUAUUAUAAUUUUGUAGAAUUCUAAAUCUUAUGUUGAUUCUGUUUUUCUUGAAACAAUUUUCAAAUAAUGAAUCAAAAACCACAUUCAUCAUUUCGAUCUAAAUCACGAUUAAGUGACAAAAUGAAUCGCUGUGAUCCAUUGGAGAAAAGACUUAUUGUAUUUUUGGAUCGAAAUCGAGAGCAAAAAUCAUUACCAUGGAUUAGUAAAGAAUUCAAUAUUCGUAUAAAUUUUUCAUUAUAUUAUGAGCCAUCAUCAGAUGAAAUGAACAAUUUCAACUCAAUGAUUAGCUCAAAAUGGAUUCACGAUUGUAAAAUGUUUGAAUCAUCUCUUAAUUCGAUCGUUCAUUUGCCUUAUUUUCGUUUUUGGUCCGUUAUUGUUUACAAUCCAGAUGUUCAUACAGCAUUGGAAUCAUAUUUAAAUUAUGCUACACGUCCUUAUCGUAUACAUCCGAUAAUUAAGCACGAAACUAUUGGACCAUUAUCAAGUAAUAUUCAUUCGCUUGUUUUUCGUAUCUAUGUACGAAUUCUAUUACACAAAGAAUCUGAGGAAAAUUAUAUUAGCGAAGAUUAUCAUUCGGAACUAUUGAUUAAAAACAAUAUUUUAGACAUGUCAAAAAUAUUGGAUCUAAUACAGCUUUAUGGUUAUGGACCAAAUUCGGAAAUGUUGAAAUUUCUUCUAAAAUCUUUUUUUCAACGAAACUAUACUAGAAUGAAAAAUGAUAUUGUAUUCAUUUUAAAAGAAAUAUUGGAAUUUUUUGCUCAUUAUGAAAACUAUAAUUUUUAUGAUUUAAAUAAUGAAAUGUUUUGUGUGAUAGCAAAUAUUACUGAUGUAUUAUUCUCAUUGAACAAAUUGAUUUAUUAUGAACCACGAAUUGCUUUUUUGUAUGAGGAUGGCCAACUUUUAAAUCGAUUGGUCAAAUUUUAUUCACUUUAUUUUCCCUACAUCGAAAAUGAAACUCUAUCCUUAUUUCGUUCGAAUGCAAUUGUCGAAAAUUUCUACAAUUAUUUUAAAAGCCAAAUUUGUUUGUCUAAAGCUUGCGCUUUAUUAUUGUUUCAUAAAAUUAUUCAUAUUGUCUAUAUUGAACCAUUGGUCAACUUGCAAGAUGACCUUUACAAAUCAUUUGAUAAUUUUAUGAAAUUGCUUGAUUUCCUAGCCAGCGAAGAAAAAUUCUGUGUUGAUUAUUUUGGAAGAUUUUCAUUUGAAAAAGAAUUCGAAUUACUUCUUAAGAAUCCUUCGUUAGAUAAAGAAUUAAGCAUCAAUGAUGUUUUGGAAUACUACAAAAUGAAUUUUAAUACGAUGGUAGAAAAACAUCAUUUUGGAAAAUCUGAAAAAGUUGAAAAACCUCAAUUAUCGAAUGCAGAACAAAAAUUACCGAAAGCUAAAUAUGAUUUUCGUUUAGAUUCACAAACCAUUGCCAAAGAACAGCUCAUUGCUGAAAUGUUCCCAGAACUUGGUGAUGGCUUCAUUUACAAAUGUCUCGAACAUUUUGAUUUCAAUAAUGAACGAGUUGUCGAUGCUAUUCUCGAAUCUAAUCUUCCAACAGAAUUGAAUUCAUUGGAUCGCAAAUUAACUAAAUUCGAUUUAGAUAAAGUUGCAUCAAUGUUAAGUAAUAAAAAAUUGGAUGAUCAAGUUGAUGACCAAAUUUUGGCUGAUUCACAAAAAUAUGAUCCAGUCAACAAAACGAAUUAUCAAUUGGCCGAUAUUUAUGUCGGUAAGAAAGAUAAAUUGAGCGAAAUGAAAGCCAAUAAAGAAAAGACAAAAGAUUUAACGAUAAAAUUGGCUGAUAAAAUAGAACAAGAAGAAGAAGAGCUUAAAGAACAGAUUAAAAUGAUGAUCGAACGUGGAAAAUUACAACGUGAAGAUUUAAAAACUAAUGAAGAAUAUAUGGGAAUGAAUAUCUAUGAUGAUGAAUUUGAUGAUACCUAUGAAAAUGAAGAUGAAAAUUUCGACAUAGAACCGGUGAUAGAAGAGAAUGUUGUUAACGAUGAUGAUGAUAAUGAUGAUGCUAUUGUUAGUGAAGAUUUAGACAAAACAAACAAUACAAAAAUGCAUACUAACAAUCAAUCCAAUGUUCCUAAAUAUAGAAUGACCAAUGAAAAGUAUGAGAAUUGUACAAAAUAUUUACGCAAACAACUUUAUAAUAACAAAUAUCAACAACGUAACAAUCAAGGAAAAGGGCAACAAUCUUUCAAUAGCAGUUAUGGUUCGAAUGAAGCUCAACAAUCUCAUCAACGGCAAAGACAAUCAACGAAAAAUCAACAACAUACAAAAAAUGUCAAUCAAGAUCAUAAUCGCCAUACAUUCAAAAUGAAUGAUGAUCGAAGAAACGAUGGCAAUAACAGUAGCAAUAACAACAAUCGAAAUUACAAUUCAAAUAGACAAACAAACUAUUCAAAUAACAAAACAACCAAUCAAAAUCGGAAAAAAUGAUUUAUUUAAAAAAAU